GCAUAUAUAUGAAUUAAAGAUGAAAUUCCUUAAAAAAAAAAGAGACGAGCUGGCUUUGAACCCGCAACCUGUAGGUUAAAACUCGACUGGUCUAACCAGUCAAGACGAAUGACAGGUUAUGCAUUGGAUUGUGCUCGAACAGUUUUUAACUAUCUCACUCGGGGUGUACGCAAAAAAUAUCCAAACUUUUGCAUCUCAGUCACGCCCGCAUCCGCCCAGACGCCAGACCACGAACGCAUCAGGCAGGUCCGCCGCGCCGCCGCCGCCUACCGCAGAUCCACGCCGCCGGCAGCUGCCCCAGCCAAAGCCACAGGCUGCCGCUGUCUCCGGCUAGUCCAUGCCCCUCACGAAAGCAGCCGGUCGGCGCUGUCGUCUCUAGCUGGUCCGUGCCCCUCGCAAAAGCAGCCGGCCGCCGCCGUCUCAGGUGGUCCACGCAUCCGCCAAAGCCGCCGGCCACCGCUGGUCCACGCAUCUCGCAAAGCCACGGCCCCUACUGUCUACACAUCGGUUGCCGCUGUCUCCAACCCGGCAUUGCUGUCUCCUGUGGUUGACUGCUUCGUGCCGUUGGAACAGCAAGAAAAAGUGUUUUGCAUAUGGACAGAAGUUGGGUGAAUUCUAGGCCAUUUAGCAAGGCACAUCUAGAUGGGGUCACUGAAUUCAUGAACUUCGUAUCUGAUAAAUUGGGUGACAAUCAGGAAAUAUUAUGUCCAUGUCGUAAGUGUUUGAAUCGGAUACAUAGACAUAAAGGAGAUGUGGAGGAUCACUUACUAAUUCAUGGAAUGACUAAUACAUACACUAGGUGGAUACAUCAUGGAGAAGCAUUGGAGGUCAGAUUAAAUGAGAAUUCUGAAACUAGGGAUAUUAGCUGCAGCAUUGAAACAGGGGAUGAUGGCUGCCAUUUUGAAACAGAGAUGAAUGAGCCAGAGGAUGAUCUAGAUGAUGAUAGAAUCCAUGAUAUAGUUCAAGAGCUGUACACAGCUGAAGACCGUGGACCACAAACAAAGUCCAAGUUUGCAACCCUAUUAGAAGAGAUGAAACAGGAACUGCACCCUGAUUGUCCCUAUUCCAGAUUUUCUUUUGUGGUGAAGUUGCUACACAUCAAGUCAUUUUACCGAUUCAGCAAUGUUGGGUUCAGUGCUUUUUUGAAGUUCUUAAGUUUAGCAUUUCCAAAGUGUCCUAUCCCUGCAUCUUAUGCUGAAGCAAAGAAAGUUAUUCGUGCAUUAGGACUUGGAUAUGAUUCAAUACAUGUUUGCCCAAAUAACUGUGUUUUGUUCAGAAAGGAGUUGGCUAAAAAGGAUAAUUGCCCAGUAUGCUGUGCUUCAAGAUGGAAGGAUGAAGAUACAAGAAAGAAGAUUCCAAACAAGGUUUUGAGGCAUUUUCCUGUGGUUCCAAGGUUGCAGAGGAUGUUUACAUCCAAAAAAAUUUCAGAGCAGGCACAAUGGCACAAGUUGAAGAGAAAACCAGUGGACAAUGAGCUUAAACAUCCAACUGAUGGCGAGGCAUGGAAGGAUUUUGAUAGGAAAUAUGGUUGGUUUGCAAAAGAUGCUAGGAAUGUUCGACUUGGCCUCGCUACUGAUGGGUUCAAUCCAUUUGGGAAGAUGAGCGCCAACUAUAGCAUGUGGCCAGUAUUUCUUAUCCCUUAUAAUUUUCCUCCAUGGGAAUGUAUGGAGCAAUCCAACUUCAUGAUGGGCCUACUCAUUCCUGGUCCAACAUGCCCAGGAAAGGAUAUGGAUCUGUUCUUGCAGCCACUGAUUGAAGAAUUGUUAGAUCUUUGGAAAGGUGUCCCUACCUAUGAUGCUCUGACUAGGAAAUCAUUUGAUCUUCAUGCUGCAGUUAUAUGGUGCAUUCAUGACUAUCCAGCAUUGAGCACACUUUCAGGCAGAAUCGCUAGAGGUUACUAUGCCUGUGUUCGUUGUGACAAAAACAAUGAGAUGCACUUGGCUAAGGGCUGCGAGACAAGUGUCCACCACGAGUGAACCUGAUUUGUCCGCAAACCAGAAUCAGGGCGACACCAGCAAUACUGAACAAGCCAAUCUCACUGCAAGUGUAGAAGUGCAAACUGCUAUAGAAUUGAACAAUACUGAACAAGGCAACCUCACUUUAAGUACAGAAGUGGAGUCAAUGGGAUUGAACACUACUGAACAAGGAACCUGUACUGGUACUAUACAAGUGCGGCCAAGGGGGGAGACCAUGGGCAAAGAGAUUGAUUCCAUAAGUCAUGGUUUAGGGUGUCCGAUACCAAUCAUUAUCAAGAAAGGGAAAAGAAGGCCAGAGGCUCCUAUGCAAGCUGCAAAGCUGGCCUCAGAGAGUGGGACCAUAAUGAGAAAGAAUAUAAAAAUAUAUCCAAAUUGGACAAAGUACUACAAGAACAAUGGUGAGCAGCUUGAGAACUUAAAGGGCAAACUCAAGAUAAAAUUCGACAUUAACACCGACAGCAGCCCUGUAAAAGCUGCAUGUGAAGACAUCCUAAAGGGUGGAGUACGCCAAAUGAGGUAUAGGCUAAAGAAAAAGUACUUUGAUGGCGUACCAGCUAAUCAAGUGAGGACUACAUCGCCAUUGAAGCAUAUGAGUGAUGAAGAAUGGAGACAAUUGGUAGACAUGUGGUCAAGUCCAGAGCACAAGGAUAAAUGUGCCAAAAACCAACUGAAUCGUGAGAAAGUUAAGUAUCAACAGCGUACCGGAUCUCGGUCCUACAUUGCACAAGCCUAUGUCGUGCAAGAAAAAUACAAAGACAGUGAGCCCACUGCAAUUAAUCUAUUUGAGGAAUUCCACUGCAGCAAAACCAAAGGUUUUAGUGAACCAGUGAAGAAAGCUAUAGAUGAUAUGCAUGCCCAGGAAGCCCUCACUUCACCACCAGUGGAAGAUGGACAGCAAGCUAAGACUUCUAUUGAAGCUAUUUCCAAAGUACUGCCAAAGUCAAAUACAUUUCUGCGCAAUGUUGGAAUUCAGCAGCCUGCUGCCAAGACACCAAAUGUGGUGAAAGACCUCCAAACUGAACUGGAUGCAAAGAAGCUAGAAUCUGCACGACUUCAGCAGGAGCUUGAAAGAUUGAAGGCACAGGCACAGGAAUCUGAUGCAAAAGUGGACAAACAAGCUGAGGAGAUUGCGAGCCUGAGGAAGAUGGCAGCAGAAAAUCAGAGCCUCCUUCGCCAAAUGAUAGCAUUUGGGCAGAGUCAGAUUGCUCCUCCCUAAGCUAGCUGAUCCUCAGGAAUUUGGUGGCUUAACAUGGAUUUUGAAGGCUGGUAAUUUUAGUGUAGUUGUUGAACUUGGAGGCUGUGAUCCCUUUUGUGCUGCUGCUGAAUGUGUGCCAUAGUGGAUUUUGGUGCAUGCUGGUACUUCAGCGCAUGAUAUUUUGGUUGCUGGAAUCUGCUGCUGGCUGCUUCUGUGUGGCGGCUACUUUGUGUAGCAGUUGAACUUGAAGAUGGCUGGUUGACUCUUGUUAGGUGCCUAUUAGUUCUGUGUAGUGGUUGGAAGGUGGAUGGAAGCCUGGAAUGUGGCUGGAAUGUCUUUUGGAUAUGUAAUAUGUAUUCUGGAGUUGAUAUUGUAUGACUGAAUUGAUUAUUACAUUAUGGCUGGAAAGUAUUUUGUUGCAUGGGUAACAUGCUUUAUAACUGAGCAAUUGCUUGUGGUUUAUAAUA